AUGUUACACAACUUGGGAACGGAUAUCCGUCCCUGGAUCAAGGGCUUUGGAUCCUCCUGGCUUGCUCGAAAACCACCAAGUUACAUGUUGCCCUUGCCGUGGUUUCCUCAAAAAAUAUCAAUACUAUGGCACCAAGUCGUCGGAAUCGUCAACUUGGCGGAAGCUCCAUGCUGCUCAAUGGACCCAGACGGCCAGGACGAUUCCAAGCCUCAAGGCCCCGCACAAAUCCCCAAGACGAGGCCACUCGCAUUGCCGCAUCAACCCAACUCGCCGAGGAUUUUGGGAUGCUUCCACCACAUCAAGAGGCCUACCAACCUGCCAUUGCGCAUGCUAGAUAUCACCGCCUUCAACAAUAUGCCGCAAUACGACAACAGCGAAGCGAAGAAUGGCAGCAGCUUGUCAACCAAGCAACAGCAACAUACCUAUUCUGCCAGCAGUCGAGUCACAACUGGACAUCUGUCAAGUUCCCAGAAUGUGUUCCCUACAACUGCACCUGCCCACCAGGGGCUAUACAUCAUCGAUCAGUUGACUUGA